UAAAAACAAAACUAAAUAUUAUAAUAACAAUGUUUCUCGUUAGACAAAAUUAAGAAAGUUAUAAAAUUAACUAGCACAUGUACCUACUUCAAUCUUUUAUGUACUGCAAUUACGUUGUAACACCAUAACUGGCCAUCGUCCCGCUAUUGAGUUGCAUAAAAGCUGGUCUAAGAUACAUUCAGGGCAAUAACGGGCUGCUGCUGCACUUACUAAAUAUUGCAAUUGACAACAAAUGGGUAUACUGCUUCACUUCUCCAGGUUGGAAAAGCGCUGGCAAUUGCUGCAAAAAUGUGAUAUUUUAUUGAAGCGCCAUAUGAAAAAGCAGGCAGUUAGUCCAACCAAACUUGCCGAGGUCGGACGCCUGUUGGAAGCUAAAGAAGGCAAAUACGAUACCGGUCAACUGUUUUUGCACCGCAUCUUUGGGUAUCGCGGAGUGAUACUUUUCCCAUGGACGGCACGCGUAUACGAUCGUGAUUUACACAAUCCUAGAAAGCAGACGACAACGACAACAGCAACGGCAACAGCAACGCCUACUGCAUGCACUACAGAGGCUUCACCACUUAGAUUUAAUGGAGGCAGUGGCGAUAACAGUGGGACAGUAGGAGCUACACAGAGUGAUGAUGCUCCCACUGCAUGGAAUACAGCCACUACAGCCACCGACACGCAGAGUACCCAAAGUGUGGGUACCGCAAAACCAGCUACUAACGCCAACGCGAGUAGCUCAGUUGAUGCCAAGGAGGUCAAAGGCAAAACGCAAACGUUUUAUCAGGUGCUCAUUGAUACUAGGGACUGUCCCUACAUUCGCGCUCAGACCGAGGCUGUCACUUUUUUGGGGAAUCAGGACUCGAAUCGCAGCUUGUACGCUAUUCCUGGACUAGAUUAUGUUGCGCACGAUGACAUCAUGCCAUAUAGCUCAACUGAUAAGCAUCCUUUGCAACACGAACUGUUUGAUAAGUUUUUAACUUAUGCUCCGGAUGCUGAACCACCAUUUGUGGGCCAGGAUACACUGAAGGCGUGGCAGGAAAAGAAUCACCCAUGGUUGGACAUGAGUGAUGUACACAAAGAGACAACUGAAAAUGUUCGCAUAACAGUUAUACCAUUUUACAUGGGAUGCCGCGAGACGCCAGCAUCUUCGGUUUAUUGGUGGCGAUAUUGCAUACGGCUGGAAAAUCUUGGUGAACUUAGUGUACAACUGCGUGAGAGGCAUUGGCGUAUCUUUUCACUCUCUGGCACUCUGGAGACGGUGCGCGGACGCGGUGUCGUUGGCCAAGAGCCCAUACUCAGUCCUCGACUUCCAGCGUUUCAAUACAGUAGCCACGUAAGCUUGCAAGCGCCGAGCGGUCAUAUGUGGGGAACGUUUCGUCUAGAACGUGAGGAUGGGUAUGCUUUCGACUGCAAGAUACCGCCCUUCUCUCUGGAGUCUAAACCAGAUGAUGUGAGCACACCUCCGGUUGGUGCACCCGCAAACGACGAUGUGGAUUAAUGAAUUUUAAUAGACAAUGGUUAUUAUUACAACUCAAUAUUAUUUGACCAUUCAGGAAGUACAUGUGUUUAGGGCAAAUA